AUGGCGUCGGCGGGGGCCCUGCCCAGAUGGGCGUCGGAGCCCUGCAUCAUGGGAAUCGACGAGGCCGGACGAGGCCCUGUUCUAGGUGUAUUUCUAGUCUCUACCAACUUUUGUUGGAUCUUAAUUGCUCGCCGAUUUCUGAGCCACUGGUUUCGCCAGGUCCCAUGGUCUAUGGAUGCCUCUACUGCGCCCGCUCCUACCAGAAGGCACUCGCCGCUUUAAACUUCGCAGGUCUGGAUACCGUUGACGUAUCGUCUUGCGAGUUCUCGACUUGUUUUUGGUUCUAAACCGAUCGAAUAAUCUAGUCUGCGCAUUUGAAUGACAUGCGAGAUUGAGAAACGUUUACGUAUCAGUAUGCAUUCGUAUACAUGUCUCUCUAGUGCGGAUUUAUUUUGUGAUUCAAAAUGAAGUUUCUUUGGUUAGCUUCAUGACCGUUUGGAUAAUAUCGAUGAAUUUUAUAUCACUCUGAGUUAGUGAGAAACUAGAGGUUUUCAUUAAAUUAAGAAAGAUAAGAUUUAACGAUUUAUUUGAGAGUUUCCAGUUACUGGGAUCAUUCGAUUUGAUAUUUUGAUCCAGUUCUGCAUCCACGGUAUGAACAAAAAAGCACCAUUGAAAUAUCCGGCGCAUGGUCAUAGUCUCCCUAGUUAUUACGGAUAUAAUGUGUAGGAGGUCUAUUAAUUGCGUUUACUAUCAAUCUUGCCACAGGUGGUGUGAAAAGAUUGAUGUUGUGGCUAUUUCAUCGCUAUCUGAUUCAGUGUGAGCCAAUAUCAUCAAUUGUUCUAUCACAUUUCUAGUCAUGUAACUCAAUGCUUCAUGUGGAAAGUUUCCCCUUCACAGCCUAAAUAGGAGAAGUGCAGUGCAUCUUGCACAAUGGGCCCUCUCAUCUGGACUGUUCCCAUUGAAAGGGGUGCACCUCCUCCCCCUCCCCCUUCUGUAUCCCUCUCCAUUUAGGAGACGCAGAACGAUCGGUUUUGAAUCAGGUAAUUGAUGUGAACUAAGUGACCAUUCAAAAGUAGGGCAUGACUAGUCAUCAGCUAGAUUGGAUGGGUCACAGGGGGCCCAAACAAGCUCAACUGGCUCAUCAGUUCCAUCCUGGUGGUGAGGACAUGGUCUUCACAAGAACAGGGAAGCAAUAUUUCUAAGAAGCAUCAAACCACAAAAUCGACUGAAAUGAAUAAGGACAUUUUAAAAUAGAAUUACAUGGCAAAUGAAGAAGGACAUUUUUUUGAAGUAUUUUCCAAAUGUUUGAUUAUAUUCCCAAAAUUAAAACGCGAUUGAACAAUCGACUGAAACAUUUUUAUGUCCGAAAAUUCACAAUAAACUAAGUCUUGGAUAAGAAGAUUGCAUUCCUCGGCCAUCUUUAUGGUAUGGGAAUUCUUUGGCAUUUCUACCGAUGGUCUGGCCUUCCAAUCCUAUAGUCAGCUGAAAGAUUGGAGCAUCUUUGCUUCUUCCCUAAAAAAAUACUUCUAAAUGACUGAAAUUGUUCGAAAACCUAUGAGAAUUGUAUUUACUUUAGAAGAUAUAUGACUCAUGAAAGUAGUUGAGAAAGCACGCCUUUUGGUGUAUUUCAAAAAUGAGUGUGGUUGAAUCAGCCAUAACUCGAUUAUAAAUGUCUUUGUGCAAGUUGGAAAAAACGAAGGAAAACUGUAAUGCAAAAUUGAUCAAGAUAGGUAAAAAAGCUUAUUUGGGUGUGAGUUUGUGGCAGAUUUGAGAUGUCGUCAUACAGCCUCCGCUCCUUUAACUGUGAUUCACAGAAUUGCGUUUGAUGAAAGUUAAUCUAGAUUUUAUUGAAGAGCCUGAUAUGAGAUUCUUGCUCAAAUUACGAAGAUAUUAGCUCUGAUGAAAUACUCAAGGAUCAUGUUCCAGAUCGCAUUGAUGUGGCUGAACGUGCUCUGUAAAAUUGGUUAGUCGAACCAGUUGAUGUGAAAUAACGUUGCGGUAAAACAACAUCUACCACUUCGUUGUUUUUGGCCCUCUCAAAAAUCAAAGAGGUCUUUGACUCGUGAUUCAGCGACUUCCACUGCAGAGAUUUGCCUUGAUUUGACUACUUGUAUAAUAUCUAUCUCAUAUCCCGCCUUCCCUGGAAGCAACCUCCCUAGUAAUUGUAUUUUUCUGAUCAAUCAAAUAAUGAAUGUGACAAUAAUUAAAUAAUCCCGAAGUAUCCUUCUUAUUCUUUUUUUUCCACCGUAUAAAGUUUACAUGACGCUUAGGCCUGAGGAUUUACCUCUGCACUUCUUUUAUUGGCAUUUGAAGAUCAUUAUUUAUAAUCAUUUACGCAGAUGAGAAAAGUCUGUGUUACCACGAAGCUGCGCAUAGAUCAAACUAAUAUGACGCCGAGAAUUGAUAUUUUAUUACGUCUUUCAUUAUUUUUUUGCAAUUGAAUGACCAUUUUCGUUCUUUUUUUCCUUUUUUAUCCGUCAUUUUUUGAUUCUUGACACCCCAACACCAACAAAUAUUUGUCAUUGACAAUGUCAAGAUAUGGUCACAGUGGAAACAUCCCAUUAUGCAAUGAUUUCAUCUAAAAUACGUCUUGUUGUGCUGAAGCCAGGAAACACUUCUCAAUUGUAACAAUUGAGUUCUCUUGUUGGCUACUAUCCAUCACUGGCUGGUGAAAAGUGAUUGAUAGUAGUAGUGACUAGUUUCAAUGGAAGGAUCAGAAAACAUGUGUGAAUGCAUCAUUUGCACGUUAGCAUUUUUCGGAGUUAAUGAUUGGCUACCCAAUCCGAAGCAGGAACAAUUUCCAUAUUUAUUGAGAAAAUAAUCCCAUCUCUUUGUGCCUGUUAUCACAAGAUGACUUAUUGAUUUCUUUAAUUGAAGAUGCUUAUUUUGAUUGUGAUCUCAUGGUUAACUGUGGACAGAUUCAAAGACUUUGAAAGAGGAGAAAAGAGAGGAAUUAUUUGAGAAUCUAAAGACCGAUGGUUCAAUUGGAUGGGAUGUUGAUGUUAUUGAUCCAAGGGAGCUUUCGGCAAAAAUGCUAAAGAAGUUUGUACAAGGUUAUAUCUCUGUCCAUUGUUUAACACACAUCUCUCAACUGAUGCUUCGCUGUUGAUUUAUGGCAGAACAAAAAUCAACCUGAAUGAAAUAUCACACAGCUCUGCUAUUGGUCUUGUCAAGAGGGUCCUUGGCUUGGGAUUCUUACUAACUGAGGUGAUUAUUGACUACUAUCAUCUUACUCUUUUUAUCUCCUUUUUUUCCCCCUUCAGCUCGUCCUAACCUUGCAAAAAAAUCAUCUUUAUUAUAUUUCCAUCAAGGUUUAUGUGGAUACUGUUGGGGAUGCGGAGAAGUAUAGAAUCAAGUUGUCGGAGAUAUUUCCAGGCAUCAAGUUUGUGGUCGCGAAAAAGGCCGACAGCCUUUUUCCAGUUGUCAGCGGGGCAAGCAUAGUCGCAAAGGUGAUUAUUCCAGUACUGUGAAGCUUUCAAACAAAUGCAUGUGCAAACUUCUUUUUCAUGAAACGAGGACAGGUCGACAUCUGUUAUCUAUGCAUUUUAAUUAACCAAUAUGACGCCAGAUGGGUUUUUUUUCAUGAAUUGAUCUUUCUACGGCACUUAUAGGACUAGUGGAACGAUCUCAGAGGAGGGCCCAUGCUGAAAAUUUAGGUUUUUAUUCUAGUUCACGUCUAAAUAUUAGUGAUUUUUUUAGAGAAAAACUAGAUGCUCGAGUACCUGAGCCUGCCUCAGGAUCUGAUGCAGAUUGAUUGAAUUGAUGCAAAUCUAGUCUCUGUGCUUUUUUAUAGGCUAUAUGAUGCUGUAUCGAUGUGCUUGAUUGCUUCGAACUUUCUAACCCUUGCAGCACUAGUAGGCUAGUGGAAUGCUGGGCUUGGAACCUACAACUUACUUUUCUCAAGAAAAAUUAGAUCUUUAAACACCCCGAGUGUGUCUCAAGGUCUGACACAAAUGGACGAAGCCCCAUUAUGGGUUCUUUUGUCCGUAGCCUCCCCCCCAAAAGCCCCCCAAAGUCAAAAUAUAUUGUUGCAGCGACUGAAUAGAGUUCACCUUGACAAUUCAACCCCGUCUUCUCUCAUCCUUCUCUGGUCCUAAAACGUUAGAUUCCACUGACCUGAAUCCCGUCCAUUGUUCAUUGUAUGAUGCCGUUUCCUGUGUAGGUCACCAGAGAUCGCGCACUGCGGGACUGGGAGCUCGAUGAGACUGCUGAUAAUAUGCACAGGAACUUUGGGUCCGGAUAUCCGGGAGGUAAGUGAUGAAUUUGCUGUAUUGAUAUUCCCAAUCACAGCACACCUGUCACCUGGGAACUCUCCGGUUCAAAGUCAUCGAUGGUUGACUAAAGCUUCUGUUCAGACCCAGAGACGAAAGCGUGGCUCGAGCAUCACAAGCAUCCCGUCUUCGGGUUCCCAUCGCUGGUGAGAUUCAGCUGGGGGACUUGCGCGCCUUUUUUCAAGGAGGGGGUCGAGGUCGUUUGGUGAGGCUCUCUCAUUGCACCCACUUCAUCUCUGUUGAUUGCAUGGCUUCUACCUACCCUGAGCUCUCCCAAUCCUUGCAUACUGCGAGAUAAAUCCAGGGAAUCCGACAGAGCGGAGGAGGAUGGCUCCAGCUCCAGUGGCGGCCGUGGGAGGGGCCAAAUGAAGCUCGCCAGCGUGGGCGUCACCGGAAUCAAGAGGAAAGCGGAGGAGGUGGAAUCCAGCGGCAGGGGCCGUUGUAAGUUCUUCCAGGCCCGCAGGCUCGAGCUCCUUUCCUCGUUCUAA